AGAGAGAGAGAGAGAGAGAGAGAGAGAGAGAGAGAGCGAGAGAGAGAGAGAGAGAGAGAGAGGUCCGCUCUCUGCAUUGCAGCCUGAGCGCUGCUGGAAUCGAACACAACAAUGGCGACUCCCUGUCCCGACAGCAACUCCACAACCACCCCCGGCAACAACAACAGCAACAUUGCGGGACCCACAAUACAACACCAUCACCCGCAGACACACAACCUGACCACAGUCAGCAGCAGCAUGCAAGAAACCAACACGUGCUGGAGAUGUCAAAAUGAAACAGGGUUUCAGAUAAGCCUGUCUGGAGUGCCCCAAAGUAAACGAAAAGCUCUAAAGCUGAAUUUCGCCAACCCUCCUGUGAAACCAGCCUCCAGGCUUCCCCUCAAUCCACCGGCUCCCUCUUUCCAGAACCCACACAUAGAGCGUCUGAGAACGCACAGUAUUGAGUCGUCAGGGAAGCUGAAGAUCUCUCCAGAGCAACAUUGCGACUUCACAGCAGAGGAUCUGAGAGACCUGGGAGAGAUCGGUCGCGGGGCCUAUGGCUCCGUCAACAAGAUGGUACACAAACCCACGGGCCAGAUCAUGGCUGUUAAGAGGAUCCGCUCCACGGUGGAUGAGAAGGAGCAGAAGCAGCUGCUGAUGGAUCUGGAUGUGGUGAUGAGGAGUAGUGACUGUCCUUACAUUGUUCAGUUCUAUGGUGCCCUCUUCAGAGAGGGUGACUGUUGGAUAUGUAUGGAACUUAUGUCUACCUCAUUUGACAAAUUCUACAAAUACGUAUAUUGUGCAUUAGAUGACGUCAUUCCAGAGGAAAUAUUAGGCAAAAUCACAUUAGCAACCGUGAAAGCACUGAAUCACCUAAAAGAAAACUUGAAAAUUAUUCACAGGGACAUCAAACCCUCCAACAUUCUCAUGGACCGGAAAGGCAACAUCAAGCUGUGUGAUUUUGGCAUCAGCGGUCAGCUGGUGGACUCCAUAGCCAAGACCAGAGAUGCAGGUUGCAGGCCUUACAUGGCGCCUUACAAAGGACGAAUCAAAAAGGCCAAAAUACAAGGAGCUCCUGAAACACUCAUUCAUCCUGAUGUACGAAGAACGGUUUGUGGACGUCGCCAGCUACGUCUGUCGCAUCCUGGAUCAGAUCCCCACAUCUCCCAUCUCCCCGAUGUACGUGGACUGAUGAAGUCGACCCCGGGGGGGGGGGGGGGGCGCAACACCUCACAUGCUAACACACAAUGGGUGGGACACUUGAGCUUUGCGACAUAUAUGACGCAUGACAUCUGGGCUCUUAGAUGCAGGGCUACCUAGGACCACCCGUUUUAGUCACACGUUCCAAAGAACAAAAGGAACAAUUCCAAAUUGCCCGGUGCAAUAAGAUCGUCAUAAUUAUUAUAAUGAUAAUAAUUAUUACUCUUAUUAAAGCACACCUUUUAUGCUUUCCAUCAUCUCAUCAAAAGUAAGUGCAACAUUCGAAAUGAAAAUCAUCCAUUUGCAAAGCUUAAAGGCAAAACCGUUGUCUUAGUCAAAUGCGUUGCUCAACCUUUUUUUUUUUAUUUGAGGAAAAAGUAAUAGAGUAUACAUAUAUGGUAUAUAUACUUGAACUGUGUACACAAAUACAAACCUACCAAAUAAAAUGUUGUUAAAAAGUGAUGCUCAUGAUGUAUGAACAAAAAACAAAAAAAAGAGAAAAAAAGCCACCUAUUAGAUUGUACGUUGUGGACUGUAUGUAUGCAUUUUGUGUGUUCACCUCCGCAUUGUUGACGUAUGUACAGAUGUAUGCAGAUUAGACCUACUGUCUAAACACAAACUGUUAUUACACAGUUUCCUUUUCUCGUGGGCACCUUUACUGAUGGCGAGUGAAUAAGUUUGCGAAACGUGUUGUUGCUCGGGAAACUGGUGGACGAGGUAGCGUGGCUUUACUGUUCUGUUUUUAAAUCUGUGAGCUUGUACUCUUGAUACUGAUGGGGACAACACACAUUUGCUCACACCCAACGCUACAUUAUGCAUGUAUGUAUGUAUGCAUGUGUACAUGCAUGCAUGCAUGCAUGUACAUAUGGAUGCAUGUGUGCAUGUGUGCAUGCAUGCAGUUGUGCAUGUAUGUAUGCAUGCAUGUAUGUACAUAUGUAUGCCGGGAUGCAUGUAUGUAUGUAUGCAGUAUAUCCAAUCUUCUGUUCUUGGCAGGUAAUGUUCAACGGUUAAGGCUCAUUCCCAAAUAGAGAGCGAGCGAGAUGUACUUGGCAAAUGUUGAUCAAGUGCCGGGGAAGCCUGAGUGUUGUGAGUAUGCGGCGCAGUACUGUAAAAGGAUACCGCAGCUUUCACCUCACAUUAAUGGAUUAUAUGUCUGGAUAGUACAUGUUAAGGAAUAAUAAACUGACAAAGCUGAUUCAGCGGGGAAUGAGCCUUAACGCUCGCCUACAGUCUGUCACAGCAUUGUACAGUCGAACUGUUAAUCCACAUUGAUCACAAUAUUUCCACAAUGUUUUUCAGCAACUCAGCAUGUUACUCUCUGGCUCGCACCGAUGAUGGAAUGUCUUCCCAUGCCAAACAAUGUUUUACACUCUGGACGUGUCUCCGUAGUCUUAAAAUGUAUGAACCCAAUCCUUUUUUUUGUCAUCUACAAAGAUCUAUGUACAGUAUAAUGCACUUUGGGUUGCUCCGCAUAAGAUGGAGAAGGUUUUCAACUUGAGACUAUUGAGACACACCCUUUUAUCUAUCUUCCUCUGUCAGAAAGCCAUUUCUGCUCAUCAGGGUGUCAUUCACAUUCAGUGUGGAAGUUGGUGAAAAAAAAAAAAAAACCACCCGAUUUGUAGCUUGCUAGUCAACCAAACUGUCUCGUGUGGGUCUGUGUGAAGGGGGAGGUCAGGGGUCAUUUAUCUUUGAGAUAUCAGCUGUGUUGAAAAU